GGAGCCUUAACUGGUGGCAUAACAUCUUUAAUAUUCAUGUCCUGGCUUUGUCUUCGAGCACAAACCCUUAUUGCUUCAGGAGACCUGACCUUUCCCGAGAAGCCAGUUUCCACUGAAGGGUGUCAUUACCAUUUUACGCCAAAGCAAUCCCCCAGCAGUAACAUCCAUUUCGACCCAUCUGUAAACAUCACGAAUGUGACUCAUACGGAUGAGUGGUAUAUGAUAUACAGGCUGUCCUACUUAUGGUAUACACUGAUAGGGACAUUCGUUACUAUGUUUGUUGGACUACUGGUUACCUUCAUUACUAGGCCACUAGAUCCCCGUGAUGUCGACCCCCAACUGUUGGCACCCUUUAUUAGAAAGUUGAUAAAACCACGACUACCAAAGGACGACUUUUAUACAUAUGGACAGCUGCAAACUAACGGAAUAUCAGCAAAAGACUCUGAGACGGAAAUAUCAAUGGAGAAAUAUAAUGGGUCCGAGAUUGAUACGGAUCCACCUGAUAAGGCGAUUAGUAAUUAA